AUGUCUUCUCAAAGAGUUAAUUCAGUGAACUCGAAUCCUUCACGUCCAAUUUGCAGGUAUUUUGUUAACGGAAAUUGUAACAGAGGGGAAAGUUGUCAUUUUUUGCACAUACAAGAAGAUAGUAGUAGUUCUCAAAGCAAUAGUAACAGUGAGGAUACUGCACAAUCCAACCAGAGUAAUGGGGAAAGUUCUUCCUCAACGUCGCAUAAGCCAAAUUCUAACUCGAGCCGCCAUAGAAAUAAGAGUGCUCCUGAAGAUUCACCGAUUUGCAGAUUCUUCUUGGAAAAUCGUUGUAUGUUUGGAGAGUCCUGUUGGAAUAGACAUGAAAAACCCGAGAAUGACACUAAUAUAGAGAAGGAGUAUACAUGUGCUAUUUGCUACGAAACUCCUAAAAUGUUUGGAUUGCUUGUACAAUGCGAUCAUAUAUUUUGUCGCAAUUGUAUACAAGAAUGGCGCAAAACAAGUAACGUCUCAAGUCCUUUUCAAGAUGUUGAUACCACCAAGACAUGUCCCGUGUGCAGAAAGAAUUCUCCAUACAUUGUCCCAUCACCUCGUUUUGCAAAAUCAGGAACUCAAAAGGAUCAAAUAAUUUCAACGUAUAAAGAAAAAAUUUCUCGUAUCCCUUGUAAAUACUUUGAAGAAUCUAGAACAUGCCCUUUUGCUGAUGCUUGCUUUUAUCAGCAUGCUAAUCCUGAUGGAACGAGAUGCAACUUGGGACCUCCUAUCAAACGAAAGAAGAGAUCAUAUCUUUCAAGCAAUUUCAGAUACAUGUCAGACAGUGAUAUCGAUUUGUCUAUCUCUGAAAUUAUUGGUGGUUUACACUUUAACUUUUCUAGUUGGGACGUUGAAAUGGAAUACGAUGAGAAUACUGGUGACUGGGAUACUCCAACGACAGACUGGGCUGGCAACACACAUGGGUGGGAUAGUUGGGAAACAGACAAUAUGGAAUGGUAG